GCACUACGGCGCCCCCUGGCGGGCACGGCGCACCGGCGCUCGGCGGCGCAUGGGGCGAGCCACGGCGGGCAGCGCACGGCGGCCCCGGCGGGGCAGCGCGGCCGCCAGCUCCCCCACGGGCGGGAGCCGCCGGGGGCGAGGGAAGGCGGCGGGCAGACCCCCCGGCGGCCCGGGGGCGCAGGCACAGUCCCCCGGCCCCGGCGCCUUCGAUCUGGGGGCGCAGAGCGGGCGCUGGGCCGCCUUCCAGGAGCGGCACCGGCUGAGCUGCGAGGAGGCGGCGCGGCUGCUGCUGGACGCCUAUGAAUACAGAGGUUUGGUCAAACACACAGGAGGCUGUCACUGUGGAGCCGUCCGCUUUGAGGUCUGGGCUUCAGCAGAUCUGCAUGUUUUUAACUGCAAUUGCAGCAUUUGCACAAAGAAACAGAACCGACACUUCAUUGUCCCAGCGUCGCGUUUCAAGCUGCUGAAGGGUGCUGAUAAUUUGACAACAUACACCUUCAACACACAUUGUGCCCAGCACACAUUCUGCAAGACCUGUGGUGUACAGAGCUUUUAUACUCCUCGUUCUAAUCCAGAUGGUUAUGGAAUAGCUCCCCAUUGUCUGGAUGAUGGCACUGUGCAGAGCAUUAUCACAGAGGAUAUCAAUGGCAAGGAAUGGGAGAAGGCAGUGAAGGAACAUAAGACCAUCAAAGACAUGUCAAAACCCUGACACACCCCUCCAGCAGCUGAACAUGGAGCAGUAGUCUGGGCCUCCCUGGAUGACGAUUGGCAAAAUCAAUCUCUACAUUACUGUUCUCUGUUCUCUGUUUCUUAAAUAAAUCUUUCUAUGCUGCCUGUCCCAUUAA